GGAAAGUGUCUGUGUGGACACUGAAGCAGAGAGGAGGAGAUGAUCAACAACAAUAAUAACAUUAACUCAGAGUCUGAAUUCUGCUGCUGCUCUGUCACACGUUUAUUCUGAAACCAAACAGCUGGGACUUAUUUUUUCCUUCCCUCUUUCCUGUCCUUCACUCAGAGAAGUUGUUGGAAAACUUUUUGGAGCUGGAGCUGGGUUUCCAGUUUGACUAAAGCACCAUCACCACUUCUUCUGCUGCUGCUGCUGGAGGAGAAAAACAACAAGAAGAAGGAGAAGAAGGAGAGGAAGAAGCAUGGAGAUGAUGGAAAGUGGUGAAGCGUUCCUUCACUGGGACAGAAACCUCAGUGAACUGUCUGAGGCUGGAGAGAUUGACUCAGUGCUCUACCCCAAUCACUUCUCCGAGCUCCUCGAUGACCUCUCCCAGGACGCUCUGCUGGGUCAGCUGCUCAGCGACCCCUUCCUGUCCGGCGUGAGGGACGGCGUGGAGGCCAUGGAGGGCGAGGAGGACGGAGACGACCUGUCCCCGUCCUCCCCUCUGCCCCCUCACAUCACGGCCGAGCACAGCUACUCACUGUGCGGCGACAGCCGACCACAGUCGCCCCUGUCGCACCUAACCGGAGAACACGGCAGUGAAGCAGCAGAGUCUGACGGCGAGUGGCCGAUGGAGCAGGACGACACAAUCGACAGCCUCCUGUGUGAGACUCCCUCACUGCUCCCCAGCCUCGCUCUAUCUCUGGCCUCACACAACAGGCCCCAAACAGCCAAAGUCGCCACUGUGGCCCCUGCUGCUGCUGCUGCUGCUGCUGCUGCUCCUGCUGUUGCACCUGCAGCUGCUGCUGCUGUUCCUCCUCCUGCUCCUGCUGCUGCUCAGAGCAUCGUCAGCAGCAGCAACAACCAGAGCAAAGGCAUAAAGAUUAAAGAGGAGAAUCUCAUCCCUCAGAUUAAACUGGAGCCACAUGAAGUCGAUCAGUUCCUCAAUUUUUCACCCAAAGGUCUGGAGUCUCUACAGAUGCCUCCCACUCCUCCCAGUUCCCACGGCAGCGACUCGGAGGGCAGUCAGAGUCCCGUCCACGCCCCGCUCACUCUCUCAUGCCCCACCUCCCCCACCAGCCCUUCUCCUUCCCAGAAGGUGGCGCCGCGCUCCGCCUCCUCCUCCCUGUCCAACUCCCCUCUGCUCACCGCUCCUCAUAAGCUGCAGGGUUCUGGACCGCUGAUUCUCACCGAGGAGGAGCGCCGCACGCUGGUGGCCGAGGGUUACCCAGUCCCCACCAAACUGCCGCUCACCAAAGCCGAGGAGAAGGCGCUGAAGAAGAUCCGCAGGAAAAUCAAGAACAAGAUUUCAGCUCAGGAGAGUCGCAGGAAGAAGAAAGAGUACAUGGACACUCUGGAGAAGAAGGUGGAGAACUGCUCCAACGAAAACGGCGAACUGCGCAUGAAAGUGGAAUCUCUGGAGAGCACAAACAAGUCUCUGCUGCAGCAGUUGCAGUCUCUUCAGGCGUUGGUGGCAGGAAAAGUCCACAAGUCCUGCAGAGUGGCAGGAACCCAGACGUCAUCGUGCUUAAUGGUGGUGGUGUUGUGCUUUGCGCUGUUUCUGGGCAGUUUUUAUCCCUCAAGUCUGAGUCCGUGCUCCACUCUCACUGAAACGGGCCUCGCGUCCAAACAGCUGUCUGUCAAAGAGUCAUACACAGCGACAGUGAAGUCGAGAAACCUCCUUUCCACCUUCGAGGACGAGCAGCCGCACCUGCUCGGUCUCGGCGGCGAGUAUCCCGACCAGUGGGAGGACACGCCCGCCGUCGUCAUGGCGGCGUGGCGUCACUCGGAGCAACAGAAGCUGGGGGCGGAGCCCGACAGGGUGGAGACACACCCACCUUUCCGGAGUAAAAGCAAUCACACGCAGACGCCAGAGAACCUGCUGCUCGACCUGCACAGGUCUGUGGACCCGUGGACGAACCAGAGCAGCAGUAAAGUGAUAGAGCUGGAGAGGACAGUCAACGAAACCUCGUGAGGUUUGACAUCAACGUCCCCCUUAAACCCCUCCCACCUCCUUCCUCCUCCUAAUUGGGAGCACGGUUCAGUGUCCUGGACAAACCCUCGUCCUCCUUGUCCUCCUACAGUUUGUUUAAGAUCAUCACAUACACUGUAACAACGAUAAUAAUAAUAAUAAUAAUAAUAAUAAUAAUAAUGAUAAUAGGAUAAAGAAUAUGAGGGAGAAAAAAGCACUGGUUGCUUUUAUGUCUGAAGUAAAAGUUGCACUGACUCUCGUCUUUAGUCGUAUUUGACCCGGCGUGAAAAAAGAAACACUGCUUCAAAGAAUUGGCGUUCAUUCCGAUGCAAAGUGUCUUAAAAUAUGAAAAGUGAGGCUUUUUACAGGACACUGACGACGACCUCUGUAUUUAUAGAUUCUCUUUUUAUAGUUUGUGCGUCUUUUAAUAUUAAAUAUUUUCUAAUUCUGUUCCAGUAAUGCGUAUAUUACAUUUUGAUACUUUUGUUUUGUGUACAUACUGUUUUUUUUUUUAUUUUAUUUUUAUUAUCGUGCUCAUAUUUGUUCCCGCGCUCGUUGAGAAAAGUUCCCUAAAAAUGAAUAUUUGAUGUUGUUUAAAAAGGGAAAGAAUGAGAGAAAAGUGUUACGAUGCAGGAGACGAUCAAAUACCAUUUCACGUACGCGACGGCGCGCCUAUAAACAUCCACGUGUGUCGAGCGUUUACUCAGAAACUGUUGAUUUUUGUUUGAUUAUUUAUUACAAAAAAACACGCUCAGAUUUGUCGUGUUAGGACUCCAUCUUGUGAGAUUUUGUCUCUGGAAUGAUAAAUAAGGAAAUUAGGGGACAAUGUUUGACGUUUAUUUAUGUUUUUUACACGCAGUAAUUGAACACAUCUGGAGGAGCCGCGGUUUUCAGGCAUGAAACUACUCCUUUUGAUGCUCAUGAUGAUGCUUUUCGUCUUUUUAUGGUAAAAUGAGAAGAAAUAUUUUUCAAAAUGUUCCUUUAAAUCAGUGAUUUUCCCAAAUUGGAGGUCAAAAAACCCACAUUUGAGGAUUUUUAUCCAAAACUCUUGCAUUUGACUGAUAAUCAUUACAAAAUUGUUAGGUAAAAAAAAAUAGCGAAUUAGUAGAAAAUUGUUAUAUAAAUUUGCUAAAAAAAUUGUUAUAUAUUCCUCACAAAAAAUCAACAUCAUAUUCACUAUUGUCUGCUUCUCACAGCGCCCUCUGCUGGACGACUUUGUAAUUACUUAACUACUACUACUGUUUCGCUUCUAGUCCGUGCUCUAAUCAGACGAGUUUUUAAGGUUGUCGUAGUUGUAAUAAUUGUUCCAAAAUUGUAAAAAAAAAAAAAUAAAAGAAAUAUUAGGGCGGACCAAUGCUGUCUCACAGCGCCCUCUGCUGGCCGACUCUGUUUUUCCGAUUUGUCGUUUCAAUAACCGAGGACUCGUCGACCGUCAGAGAAGUCGUCAGUUGUGAUGAUUGUUUACUAAAGUUGAUUAUUAGCGACCGGAAUCACCGGUCACGCGUUGGGGAAUUUAUUUUCAAAAAAAGUGCGUUGGAACCACAGAUUUCACUUCCUUUAGCCUUUAAUCCUAUCUUUGCACACUUUCACUCACUUUGUAUGAUUUUCUUCUUUCUUUUCUUUUUUUUUUUAUUAAAGCAAUUACCAAAAAAAAUACGAUUUCUUUACAGAAAUUCUACAAAAAUAAAUAUAUAUAUAUUUUUUUGUAAAUAUGAGUUGUUCAUAAAUAAGAGAGUGUGACUGCGUCUGUUGUCUGUGUUGGACGUUUGACUUCUGGGAUUUUGAGAGUCUUAAAUGUUUAUUUUAACGUGUGUUUGUUAUGAAACCAAAACAGACUCCAGAGGCGGUUUAGUUUUCACUCUCUGCAAUAUUUUUAUUGUAUAAAGUAAAAUCCUCCUCCUGCGGUCGUUUCCUCGUAGUCUGUCGUAGUCUGUACAGCAAGAGACACUUCUAUUAUCUGCUCUCUGUUAGUGAUGUCUGAAACAGUCGCAGUGGAGUAUUUUGUUUUGUUUCCGUGUCCCGGCCUGACUUUGGCUUCCUGUCCCUCUUUUGCAUUCAAGUAAAUAAAGUAUUUUCCGUAGUAAAAGCAGA